CUUUUCCAGUGUAGUGUACUUACUUGUCUUUGCAUAGUGUAGCUGCUGGGGUAGGUCUUAAUACUAGAAACUAGUGCUGUAUUUGAGCCCUCUGUCUCUCCAUUCACCCAUUUCCCAGUGUUUGUCUGAUACAAAGACUCUCUUUCGCCGACCUUGUCCUGUUCCGUCCCCCGGCUCGCAGAGACAACUACUCUUUUGUUCAUUGAGCAGUUUAUUCAAAAAAGGAGUAUUUGCUGGAGCUAAAGUCCCAGCGGCUUGUAACUGUAUAGCAGCCCUCGAGCUAAACAAGCAAAUGGCUGCACAAUAUGACUCUAAAAGUCUUGAUAGACCAAAUCGAAAGAUAAAAAGACAAUCAACACGUAGAAAGAAGAAAGACCCAGUCCCCGAGCGGGCUGGGGGCAGUAUGGAAGAACUCAACAUCAUUGGUACUAAAGUUAGCGAGAUACCCUCUGAGUUCUUGGUCAGUUUGGAUCCAUCGUUCUUCUCACUCGGUACUCAAGUAAUGGACAUACCUGUUGUACAAAAUGGAGACACAGACCAAGAGUAUUUGAGUAGAGUCGAAGGUAAAGUGAUAAGAGAAGCUAAUCGCCGCUUGAGUAAAAGAAAGAACAAUCACCACUCACCACAACACGUCGAGCCAGCCAUUACAUUUAGUCCAGACACCACUUCUCCUCUCCCUCCACCCAUUGCUAGUCACCAUACGACCAGUCAACUUGACACUGCUGUAGAUGAUGAAACUGACUCAGAGGAAAAGAAAGAAGGUAGAUCCUCUGUGCAUUUGUCAAGCAAAACAUUACUCCAUCUUUAUCCUCCUUCUUCAGGGCUUCAAAGACUAUCCGCUGAUUCUGGUAUCGCUAUUCAAGAUAUUAACGAGAUAGCUUCUCACGGGAACGCAACGGAAAACACUCUCACUGACACGCCCCCCAGAGGCACCACCGAGUUGCCUAGCAACCAUCUCCUCCCCCCGGUUGGCAGGAGAAAUAAUAAAUUCGAUUCUUUAAAGUUUGGAACUAAAAAGGCUCGGGAUUCUAUGCUUCUUUCUCAACUGUGUGUUGUUGUGGUAACGCUCCCGGCUGAUGUACAGCAAGGGCAGAAAGGACGUGGUGCAGUUUUGAAAUUUCGUUUUUCGCCGUACACUCAAAUAGAGACGCUGAGGGUAGCCAUUUUAAAACAAUUUCAUGAGAGAUUUGACGUAUCUGUGGAUAAUUUAUCUAAACUUCAUCUUUGUCGAUAUUUGGAGGAUGAAGAAGGUUGGGAGUAUUUGGAGGAGGAUCAAGCGCUUUAUAAUUAUAAAAUACCGUCUGAGUGUAAAUUGGAACUCAAGCCAUUAGAGCCAGUAUAUUCUGAUGUUCGUGUUGUUAUUCCACAGCUGGAGUGCAGCCUCUCAGUCCAGUUUGACCAGUUUAGUUUGGUAGGUGAUGUCCUACAGCAGGUGCUUCAGUUAGCACAACCUAAACUAGACCCCAAGGAAGACUAUACACUGAACCACGUCAGACUCAGAAUGAGGAUGGACGCCACUGAGAGUAUGAUGUUUUAUUCAAUUUUACCAACUGACGUCUUAGAGUGUCGUCUUUCAGUUGGUAAAGUUCACGAGCAGUCAGUGAUACUAACUAUAAAGAUACCAGCCAUACAAAGCAGCAGAAAGGUGAAGGUUUGCUUGGAUGAGACAGUAGGAGAACUGAUGAGUACUUUAAUGCGGAGGGUUCCUGAACCAGAGAGCACUCGGUGGGCCCACAUGUCUUUAUAUUUAAGAUCAAAGGAUUUCUCGGCCCCUGGGGUCUGGAUGGAAGAUUAUAAAUUCCUUGCAGCAUACAAACUUAAACCUACUGAUGUCAUUGAGUUUCGUCCCAAGUAUCGUCCAAUGAAAUUUGAGCUAAGAGUUUAUCCCCACGAUCAUGAUGGUGACAAUCAUGUUGUCUAUGCCACACCAGAGCUCCUCGUUUCUCAAGAUAGUUUCGUAUCUGACGUUGUAGAUCUUCUCUGUAACUCCUGUUCUCUUGAGUAUGACCCCAGACUCUAUGGCCUGUUUCUCCAUGACGACCAGCAGUUGCCGAGUGAGAUGUCCAUGUGGGAUUACCUUGACGACGGUGUCCCUGGUUACCAGGACACCCUCGUCCUCCACAUGAUUCACAAACCAAUCAUAGUCUCACUGGAAACUGAAGAGGACAGUAUUGCAACCAUCAGUGUUGACUUCAGUCAACCUUCUGUGGUUGUCAAGGACAUAUUGUGCAGGAGGUACGGCUGCCGCUAUCACAAUCAAUAUGGUCUCAAAUACGAAGGUAACGGUCUCACGCUCAACCUUCAGAAGUCUCUCCACAAUCAGGGCGUCCUUGAGCAGGAAAGGAUCCUUCUAGUGGUAAUGGAUGACAGUGACGUAGUACCUGCUUCUCCGAUGAAGGACCAACUGAUCAGGAAAGACUCUGCUUCGGCAUCUAUGGAGUGUGAAGCGGGCAGUAGAGAGUCCCUUGCUUUGGUUGAAGAUGAUUGUAAUAUUUGGGACGAAGGCCCUGACUCAGAACACAACAUCAGGUUCAAGAAGACAAACGAGUUAGUCGUAGUUGGAGCAACUUUUAAUAAACUGGUGGAGAGAAUAACCUCAGUGACUGACCACGACAUUGAGUUUGUAAAGACGUUCCUUCUCACGUACCAGUCCUAUGCCACUCCUGAUAAACUGCUUCGUAAACUGAUUGAGCGUUACAAUGUCGUGAGACCUUUAGGAACGAGCUUAGGAGAGUUCUCACAAAUGAGACAGACGAUACAGGCUCGUGUCAUCAACGCUCUCAGACUCUGGGUGGAGUAUGGAGUGGAUUUUAAAGAUAAUGUGACACUCCAGGAUAAUAUCCUUCAUUUCAUCAGUUCAGUUCUGGUUCUGGAUCACCCCAGACUUUGUAGACCACUGAGGACCAAUAUUCUCUCCAUAAGGGGUCUGAUACAGAAAAGAAAUGUGAAAAUGUUCAGGGACCCCCCACCACCAGUCAAAUUUCCAGCUAAUCCUGGCCCAGUAUUGAGUGUCUUUGAUUUUGAUCCCGAGGAGAUCGCCCGUCAACUAACUCUCAUUGACUUCAGCCUCUUUGCUAAAAUAAAACCAGCGGAACUACUCAACCAGGCCUGGCAGAAACCCAAAUACAGGGCCCGUGCUCAGAAUAUAUUGCGACUAGUGGACCGGAUGAACAACCUCACCCUCUGGGUCGCUACCACCAUAUUGUCUCAGAAGGACAUACAGCAGAGAGCUAAGAGGAUACAGGGAUUCAUUCAAAUAUGCAACCAUUUGCAUUCGAUGAAUAACUUCUGUACACUAAUGGCCCUUCUCAAUGGGCUCGCCCAUCACUCCAUCAACAGACUCACAAAGACCUUCGGUAAACUGGACAAGGUUCUUCAUAAAAGACUCAACGAGUUACAAGAGAUGGCAAGACCUGGCGACCAUUUUAAACUAUUGAGAGAAGAUCUGAAGAAAGCUAGCAAUCCCUGCAUACCAUACCUUGGUCUGUACAUGUCUGAUUUGACAUUUCUUGAUAAUGGCAAUCCAAACUUUCACAGAGAUAAUCUCAUUAAUUUCUCAAAGUGCCGUCUGAUAUAUCAUCAGAUAAGAGAUCUCAUAUUAAGACAAGAUAAAUCAUAUAAUUUUGAGGAGGUCCCAGCUCUUCAUGAGUCGCUGCUCAAGUUUGCAUUUCUUGAUGAUGAUACUCUUUAUGAGGUAUCACUCCAGAGAGAGCCACGAGAUGAUAAGAAGGUUAUACCAUAAUUACACUCGAGAGUUCCACAUCAUUUGUUUGAUAUAAUGAUCCUUUUAGUAACAGCUGCACCCUCUUAUAAUAUCAUUCACCAAUAGACACUGUAACACUAUUAUCUAUACUCACCUUUCACACACACUCACUGAAGCAGGUCACCUUAUUAAAGACACUUCACAUUUAAAUGAUUUUGUUACUUAUAAACAAUUUAACAUUUACAUUUAUUUUCAUAUUAAUCCUUCCAUGCACUGUAUAACCACUAAUUAAUGCAUUAUUAACAUUAUUAACAUUAAUUCUUUAUUAUUAUGCUCUUCAGUUAUCCAUUUUUAAUUGUUAUUAUUGUUAUUAUUAUUGUUGUUGUUGUUAUUAUUAUUAUUGUUAUUGUGUUGUCAUUUACAAUAUCUCACAAACUAUUACUGGUUUAGCCAUUUUCACUUUUGUAUUUUUGAAAAUACUAUUUUCUGUAAAA